CCUCGGGAACCCACCGCGGCCUCCACGAGAGCCCCUCAACGAUUCCGGCUCGCCGGCGUACUGGCCUGUCGCACGGCUCGCGCAUGCGCGGAGUCAGGUGGGCCCUAGCGCCCGCGGAGGGUCCGCGAGUUGCCCUGGAAACCACCCGGCGCCGCGGCCCCUGGAGCUGGGGAAAGACGUCACGGUUCAAGAUGGCGAAGGGCUUGGAUGAGCUCUUGGAUGAAGUCGAGUCCAAGUUUUUCAGACCCGACCCACUGAGACUGGACACGGACCAGCGACCCAAAGGCGGCGGCGGAGGUGGCACCCAGAGCAGCGACUGGAACCGAACCCAGGCGAAAGAGAAUCUCAGAUCAACAGAAACAUUUGAAAAAGAAGAUGAUCUUGAUAGUCUUAUUAAUGAAAUAUUUGAAGAGCCCAACUUUGACAAAAAACCUUUUCAGAAAUUAAAAUCUAAAUCUUCAGGUGACACAUCUGUCAGAGCUUCUCUUCAAGUCUCCCAUAAAAGUUGCAGCCCAGUGUACCUCGGUGGAAGCACAGUUCCAUAUGGGAUUGGAACACAUACUUCACAGAGAGCAUGUGACCAUCUACGUUGUAUAGCCUGUGAUUUCAGGGUAGUGAGCUACAGUGACUAUCUGUGGGACAAAUCAUGUGAUUACUUGUUUUUCAGAAACAACAUGCCAGAAUUCCACAGAUUAAAGAUCAAGUUGGUAGAGAAGAAAGGAACACGGGCGUAUGCCUGCCAGUGUAGCUGGAGAACCGUGGAAGAACUGAUGGACCUGCAGACAGAUCAUCGGCUUCGUUGGGUUUGUGGUAAACAUUAGGAAUGCACUUUUCACAUUUGCACAAAGGCAUCCAUGAACCCAGUCUCCAGCUAUCCUGUUUAUGUAGAAGUACAUAGCAACAUCGUGCCCUUUGAAAAAAGGCAGUGAUUUUCACUCAACUACACAAAUUUUUGAAGACCGGAUGGACUGAGGAAGACAGUGUACUCUUAACACUUUGGAGUCAUUCCUUUUUGAUAUAUGGAUGUUUCACUUGGUAAGGUAACAAAUACCCAAAUUCUUUGCUAGCCUAUCUCCUGUUAAAUGGACAUUUAAUUAUGGAGUUUGGUACAAAUAGAUAGCCUAUCAUCCAUUCCUAGUGCAGUUGGUGUGAACUUCCUCGUGUGUAACAGGUAAGGGGAUGAAGCUGGCCAAGGCAGGGAGGUCAUUGCAGGAGAGUUUAUAGCACCUCCUCCUGCCAGGGCUGUGGUUCCCAGGGAUCCUAAUUUCAGACAGGGCAAAAGCCAGAUGAUCGUGGCUGGCUGAAGGGUUGUCAGGAGUACGGCACAUUCCCAAACACUGCCUUCUAUCUCAUCCUGCCUCACAGCUCACAGCAGUGUUACACACAAUAAUAAGUAUAAACAGUUUUAUCUCAUUUCACCUUUUGUUGGUCUAGAUAUCAGAAGCUAUUUAAUUUUCUAUCUGAACACAUAUCUUUUAUGUAUAAAAAGUUUCUUUGACAUACCUAAAAUCACAAAAUCCUACUGCAACUUGUUGGAUUUUCCAAGUACUCUUUAGCCUUUAAUGUUUAAAAUGCCAUCAAAGUGAAAGCAAGUAAGAUCAUUUUUCAGGCAGCCUGAGACUUCUGGUAGGAUCAGGUUGAUACAUUAUUUAUUAAAUGAAUUCAUGAAAAGAGAAAGUGUAACAUAACCAGCAGUUACCCUAUUGGGAUUCUUCUUGACAUGGCUGAGACUUAGGGAAGGAAAUCAGUUACUUCAUAGCGCCCAGCUUCCAGCCCCAUCAAGAGACUGGGGGACUUUCCAGUCUCCCAAAACUCUUAACACACAAGUCUACAAUUUGGUUCAAGUGUGUGACACAGGAUGCACAGAAAAGGAGUAAUUUUUAGCAAAGUUAGGAUCUGCUUGGUCUUACGCCAGUUCCAUUCCAGUACCCUACUAAAUCAAGGAGUAUCUGAUUAUUAAAAACCUUUCUUAGUGCUGGGCCACCUGUAAUCCCAGCACUCUGGGAGGCUGAAACAGGAGGAUUCCAAGUUUGAGUCCAGCCCAGGCAACUCAGUGAGACUUGCAUUAAAAUUUUGUGGCUCCGUGCAGAGGCCUUGGGUACAAUCCACAGUGUCAGGGAAAAAAGUGUUUGCAUAACCAUGAUACAUUGUAAAGCACACUGGUUAAGUCUGGCACUGCAACAGAACAACUUUUACAGUGGCUGAUGCUCACAUUUUUGUAUUAAAGAUAAUGAUUGCAGAUUUUAUCUGUCAAUAAAAGAAUUUAAUUCCUAUAAUUAUAUCUCUGUGCAGCUGUGUCAGAAAUAUUGAGGAUUUGGAUUGAAAUAAUUUCUUCCAAAAAAUGGCAGACCAACAAGAUCCAUAUAUUUAGGACCUCAUGGAAUUUGCCAUGUUUAUCAUAAUGAUGAUCAUUUCUUUAAUAUCAGUGAGCAUAUUUUCUAAAUCAUUAAUUUGAAGAUAUUUUAACGAAUUUUGCUUGUAAAGGAAUAAAAUUAUCUUGUUCUGUUGUUUCUGUCCUGAAACCUGGACACAUAACUCAUGUUUGACAUUCCAUAACAUGGUAAUUAUAAUAAUUCUCUAAUGUCAGAAAUGCAUAUUUGAGUUUUAUUGGCAAUUUAUAAGGUUUUCUGUAUUGUACUAUUUUUAAUCUAAAAUUAGAAUAAUAUUGUUUGUUUGUUUUGGUUUUUUGAGACAGUCUCACUAUGUAGUUCAGGCUGGUCUUGAGCUCACUAUGUAGCUCAGGCUGGCCUUGAAUUCAUGGUGAUACCAACGGUUGUGAGGAGUAAAUCAGAGAAUGUGAACAGUGAUGAGCAUGGUGUUUGGUUCAGAGUCCAUGCUCAUCAUGCGUUCUCAUUCUUUUUCCUUCCAAAAUAAAUACUGUCUGAAGUAUUAGUGCAGCAUGUUUCUUAAAACAGAUCACUUGACCACAUUUUCAUUCCCCAUGAGCAAAGCAGCAACACUAUUUUUGUUUUGUAUCUAGUGAAUAUAAACAUGGCCACCUUAAUUUUGCAUAAGUAAAAGCUCAAAGAACCACUCGCUCUACCUACCCCCUCUUCCCUUCUGAUGUAACCAAGUGGGACCUAAGCAUUCCAGGCCUUUCACAGUGUCUUUUCAGCUUCAUCUGCCUCUGCCUUCCUCCUCCUCCAGCCAUACCACCUGCUGCUGCCCCUCGGCUGUGCCUUACUUGUUACCGCUUCCCUCAUCUCACUGUGUCAGAGUAGGACUCCCUUUCCCAACCCAUUAUCUCCCACUGGUCCUCAAAGCCAGGUCCCCUCUCAAAAGAGUUCCGCAAAGUCUUCGAGGGGACCACAAGGCCACAUGUAUUUUUGCAGCACCCAGACAUUGAUUACCUUUUCACUGUGAGGCAGAUAUGCUGAAGUUGAACGCACGGGCUCAAAUUGCUGGCACUUUACUUAGCACCUUUGGAAGCAGUGGCACCAAUGCACUUGCAUUUUUUUUUUUUAAGCCAGUUUCACUCAAAAAUGUUCUUGACAAAGGCAGUAAAAAUUAUUAACCUUACUAUAUAAUCUCAGCCUUCAAAAACAAAAAAUCUUUUUAUGUUCCAUGUGACUACAGGCGAAGUGUACAUAAAACACUCUACAGUUGAAUUGUGACCUGAGCAAACUGCUUUUCUCAUAGAACCCAUUUUUGCUUGAAAGAACAAUUGACAGACACAUUAUUGAAAUUUUAAAAAUUCAUGAAGUGAUCCACCUCCAGGAAAAGAAAUAAUAUUCUGAGCGAAAAGCAGAAUUUUGGAAAACUUAUACCUGCUACAGUGAGCAUGACAGCUUCCCAAUACUUACAUUCUUACCUGAUGAGACUAGUGGUGAUAACAAGUGAUUUUUGAUACUGUGUAAUGAAAUGCGACAAUAUUUGGAAGGUCUCUUUAAUUCAGUGAUUGCCAAGUGACCAAUGCAUGUUAUAACAGAAGUAUGCACUUAAAUGUAAAAGAGACCAGUGAGCUUCGGCACAACAGAGUACUCAGUUUAUUUGGUAUGAUUUUAUCUUCUACACUAUAGCUAACUUUUAAGAAACUCGCACUUGUCAGCUUUCUGUAUGUAUUGCAGAAUAGCCAUGAUUAUCUGAAAAGACUAUUAAAAUAUUCUCUCUUUUUCCAACUACAUGUCUGCAUGAGGCCCAGGGUUCUUCCAAGACCUCCACUAAAACAACCUAUCUCAAGAGAGUGAGUGCAACAAUAAACAUGACAAACUAGCUGUUUUCUAUUAAACCAAAGAUUAGUGAUUGGCAGAAAUGCAAAACAAAUUCCACUCUUCUCAUAUUUGUUUUGGAAUAUAUAGUUUAUAUUUUUAUAAAAAUUUGAUAAUGUAUAAUGGUUUGUUAUUUUUAAGUUUACAUGGUAUCAAUAUAUAUUUUCAGUGUUCUUUUUUGAUUUCUAAUAUCAUUACUUACAGCUACCCAAAAAAGUUCUUUGGAAUACGUGAUCACUUAAGAGUAUAAAGGAGUCCUGAGACCAAAAAGGUUGAGAGUUGUUUUACACAACCCUGAUUACCCUCCUGCUCAUACCCCAUCCCAGCCUAAAGCUGUGACUUCUCACCUUCUUUCCGCUUUGAACUUUUUGGUUUUUUGAUUUUUUGGUACCGGGGAUCAAACUUGGGACCUUUUGCUUGCAAGGCAGAGGGCAGAACCACUGAGCUAAAUCCCUGGCCUUUCCAAUUUAAACUUUGUAUUUCCCAUAUAAUACCUCAUAUUGUAGUUAUCUGUGUGCUUAUUGUAUUCAUCUUGGAGAUGAAAUGUCAACUCUUAAAGUCUCACAGAGGAAACUCUCAGACAGUUGUGCCACUAACUCUCGGGCCACCAUGAGCCACUGUGUCUUUGGGUUUAUCAUAAUGAGCAUUGGAUUUAAUGACAUACAGUUUCUUCUAGGAUGAAGUGAUAUGAAUACUAUUCUCUAGAGAAACCUUGGUGGACCCAAUGCUGUGCUAAGCCACACUUUGGCAGAUGUGACACCUUAGUAAGGAAGAGCCCAGGGUAUGGGGUUUGAGACACAGGUUUCAAAAUGACAUCAUCUGUGUCUUCUCAGCUUUCAGUCAGUUUCUUCCUCAUAAGAGAUGAUUCUGAAGUUCUCCUAACAAAGGCUAGAGGGAGUUCAUGAGGAACUGAGGCAGCAGACAGCUUGAUGUGUUUGAGGAACUCCAAGUAAAUUGAUCUGGCUUGAUUUUUAACAGAGGAUGUGGGCAAACAGAAUAGCAAGAGCUGAGGCUACACUGGUGAGAUAAGUAGGAUUGAGUUAAAUCUAUUAAAUCUAUAGACCCAUGGAUACAAAUUGAAGCAGAUGAGAAAGAAGAUGACAAGCACUUCUGUUAAGUGACACGUACUCUGUGGUAGUCUUGUUCAGGGGGACUACUGUUGAGCUCAGGGGAGAAUGAUGUCCCACUCUUUAAGAAUGAAAGCCAUGUUCCUUUGGGGGAGGUCAGGCCAUGAGGAGUUCCUUUACCAUGAAAUGGGCAUCUUAGAAGGCUUGGAAAAUGGCGUUGGUCAGAAGACACCAGUGGGGGAAGCAGGGGAUGGUAAGACAUGGGGAAGAAGGAUGAGGGCCUGGAAGGAACCUUAUUUUCAGCACUAAGGACCAGAGCUCCCCAGGGCUUUGCCCUGCUCAAGGACCUGACGGAACCUGAUCUCUGUCAGGAAGAAGGGAUUUUCCAGACAUCACUCAGGCUCCACUCUGGCCCCAGGUGGUGGCUCAGGAUGCUGGGUGCACUUGGGAUUUUGUUUUCUUUUGUGUAUUUUGCAUCCGGGUCAGCAGUUUACAUCUUUUGCUCUCAGUUUUGAAUAGAAUUGAUUUACAUAAAAUCUAAAUUAAAAGACUGCCAAGUUCAUAUAGAUAUAUAGAUACAGAUAUCUAUAUAUCUAUAUAUAUGUAUGUAUAGGAGUACACAGUACCCAAGAGAAAAAUGUGCUAAAGUGUCACUGUCUCUGAUAGCCACACAGGCAGUAAGUGCAGAAUAGUGAGCCCUAAGGACUUUUUUUUUUUCAAACAAUACACAUUUUUAUUAAUGCCUAUUAAUUUUACAGAAUAUUAGGUUUCAGUGCAUUUGUUUUGAUCAUAUCCUCUCCAUUGCCCUUUUUUAUACUCCUCUUCCCCUUUCCUGUAUUCCUUCCUCUUGUCUAAUAAUAACCUCCCUUCUACUUUCAUGUCAUCUUUCUUUAGACUCCACAAAUUAAGGAGAACAUGUGAUAUUUGUCUCUUCUGAGUCUCACUUUUUUAUUUAAUCAUGUCCUCCAGAUCUAUCUGUUUUUUCUACAAAUGACAUAAUUUCAUUCUUUACAGUUGAAUAAUACUCCAUUGUGUAUACUACAUUUUCUUUAUCCAUUCAUCUUUUGAUGAAUACUUAGGCUGCUCCCAUAUCUUGGCUGUUGUGAAUUGUGCUGCAAUAAAUGUGGUAUGUAUUUA